AACACGCCAGAUCCCCCACCGAGUGAACAAAAAGCAGACAACACAAGACCCAUUUCUCUCCCUACUGCUUCUUUGUCGUACGGGAAACGUCUGUGUCUUCGGCUCCCAGAGCUGGGGUUUCAUCCAAAGCACCUCCAAAAUGCACAAAUUGGGUAGAGGCCACCGUGACAAACUCCAGCAGUUUAUGACAAUCACUGGCUCGAGUGAAAAAGUUGCCCUUCAGACUUUAAAAGCCAGUGAUUGGCAUCUUGAAGGAGCAUUUGAUGUAUUCUACAGCCAACCCCAGGUCAAAACCUUUACUGACUCUAGACAUUUGGAGGAGCUCUUCAAUAGAUAUAAAGAUCCAUAUAGUGAUAUGAUACUGGUUGAUGGUAUAACUCUUCUUUGCAAUGAUAUUCAGGUGGAUCCGCAAGAUAUAGUUAUGUUAGUUGUUUCUUGGCACAUGAAGGCUGCCACCAUGUGUGAAUUUUCCAAGCAGGAGUUUAUGGGUGGACUGCAAGCGCUAGGGAUAGAUUCUUUGGAGAAGUUCCGCGAAAGGAUACCAUUUAUGCGCUCUGAGCUGAAAGAUGAACAAAAGUUCCGUGAGAUAUAUAACUUUGCAUUUGGCUGGGCAAAAGAAAAGGGUCAGAAAUCUUUAGCAUUGGAUACAGCUAUUGGAAUGUGGCAAUUACUGUUUGCUGAAAAGCAGUGGCCGUUGGUUGAUCACUGGUGCCAGUUCUUACAGGCUCGGCAUAAUAAAGCAAUAUCUAGGGACACAUGGUCUCAACUUUUGGAGUUUGCAAGGAUGGUGGACCCGACAUUAUCAAACUAUGAUGCCGAAGGUGCGUGGCCUUAUCUUAUUGAUGAAUUUGUCGAAUACUUGAAUGAGAAUGGCAUCAUGGAAAAUGGUGAGUUGAAUGAUUUGAGCCAAAAACGAUGAUGGGGGUGCUGGAAUGGUGACUUGGAGGUGCUUUAUCAUCUUUGUUUAGUGGUUUGAAUUGAGAUGUUCUAUGACUGGACUUUGUUUUAUCUUAAAAAAUGAGAAGCCAUGGUUUCUGGUUCAACCUUUGUCUUAGACUGGCAAUUCAUAUGCUAUUUUUAUAGUUAAUGGGGACUGUUGAUGUGGUAUAUGCAUUUUCCUGUGAAGUGACAAUAGCAUACGGUGUUUGUAAUGAACCUUUCUAUUUUAGUGUAAUUUUUCUAAUAUUGUUUGAUUAUAAA